UAUAUAAUUAUUUACAUAAAUUUUCAUGUAUAAUAUGUAUUUAAUCUUGCUAAAGUGAUUUUGUAAUAUAACAUAAUUUAAAACAAUGUUCAAUGUUGCAUGAUAAUUACAGCGCUAUGAUGAAUCACAUAUAGAACAAUUAAAUCUAGUUUGAGAUUCAGUGAUUCUAAGUACCAACCAGAAGCAAACCAAAUUGUAUAAAGAAAAUGUUUAUUCAACUUUUAUUGUAUUGUUUCGUUUCGUAGUAAAUAUUAUAAACAAAAAAAAGCUGUGGAAUCAAUUAUGUCCUUUCCGAACGUAAAGUAAAUAAGAAUGUAGCUAAUUUAUAUGUAUGGAAAUAUGCGACGUGUCUUUAUUCAGUUAUGUAAAGUUGGUAGUGUAUAAACGAUGAAAGCGCAGCGUAACGCGAUUAUUUUGAACUAUUAUAUGAUGUAGUACCAUUCAUACAGUCAGUUAUUGUUGAAUCAAGUAUUUAGCAGUUAUCGAUGGGGCAAGUUGGAAAUUAGAACAAUCGAGGACAAAUAAAAUCUUCAACAUUUUGUGAAUUAGUACAUGAUCGGGUCAUGGCGUAUGUUAAUGUGGCUGAAUGGAAAACUGAUCAAGUGUGCGAAUGGCUAAAAGGUUUGGAUAAUUCAGUACUUCCUUAUGUACAUAGUUUUAUGAAUCACAGUGUUAAUGGACAACAACUAUUAAAUCUAAGACCAGAAGAUCUAGAACAUCUUGGAGUGUUAAAACUGGGCCACCAAGAAAUUAUUCUUGAAGCUGUAGAAUAUUUAAGGAAUUUUCAUUAUGAACUUGAUCGUGAAAAUUUACAGUUAUUGGCAUUACGAUUAUCUUGUCAGGCACACAGUUUACAAAAUGAAUUAUCCCGUCAGACAGAUUCUAAGCCUGUUACCACUCAAACAUUGUCUGAUGUAGCAUCUGUUAUAAUGGCUGUAAAACCAUUAGUAAGAUGGCUUGAUCGUCCUCCUUUUAGUGGCCAGUUAGAAUAUAAUGACAAAAAAGCUGAAUUAAUGAAAUUGGCUUUAGAAAUGGCUACAUGUGCACAAAGAGACAGAUUUGCAGAAAAACCAAUAGAAGAGAUUAGAACGAUUUGUGGUCAGUUAGCAAAAUUGGCAGAUUAUAUAAUACAGGAUAUUACUGAUCCUAUGAUAUUGCAACCUGCUAGUUUAGAUCUAGCAACAUUAAAAAAGAAACCUGGAGAUGAUUUAGGAUUUUAUAUUUUGCCAUCCUUUCAUGGAGCCCAUCAAAUUGCUGAAAUUAAAUUUGGGUCAGCUGCACAUCAAUGUGGUAAAAUGGAAGAAGGGGAUGAAAUUGUUCAGGUUAAUUACCAAACUGUGGUUGGUUGGGAACGAAAAAAUCUCUUAGAAUUAUUUCGUGAAAGUCCAGCAGAAGUAUUAUUAACUUUGAAACGCAGACCAAGACAUACAAAAGUAUAUGGUCAGAUUUACAUAAAACCAUAUAGACUUCCAAGCAAUAAAAAAACAACUUAUACAACCCGAUGGCAGCACAAUCUCCCAUCACCAAGGCCAGAAUUAUUAACCAUACCAGAUUUUACAAUGCCAUUACCAAGGCCAAAGAAUCCCAGUCCAGAACCUGCAAGUAUUUUAGACACUGUCAAUAUAUUAGAUACAAUGAUUAUAGAUAGUAGUGAUUCAGACAGCGAAACAGAACCACCUUUAUCCAUUCGAUUGUAUUCAACGAAGCCAAGAAAUUCAGUUCAAAGACGUGCUACUAUAACUGGUGCUAGUCCUACUACUAAGCAUGGAAUUGAUAUUGAACAAUUCUGGAAAGAGUUAAAGCAGGAACACAGUACAACUUCUCAGUUACGAGAUAAAGCAGCUUCUUGUGCUCAUGGUUUAGAUAAUGUACCAUCUAAUAUUCGACCACAAACAUGUAUAAGUAUAGAACAAUGUAAAAGAAAAAAAAGAAAUGAUGGGCAAACUGAUGAUAAAAAAGUACAGUUUCAAGACAAAUCUCUUAAAUCUGAUGUUCUUCAAAUAGAGAAUACUAUGCAUGAAACAAAAAAUGAAUGUAAAACUGUUCAGAAUUGUGAAGACAUGUUAACUAUUAGUAACAAAAAUAGUCUUAGCCAAAUUUCUCAGACAUCUGUUAAUGUUACCACUAAUGAUAAUUUCAGUGAUACGAGUGUGCCUUUAGAUGAAUGCAACAACUUUAUUACAAAUAAAAAUAGUAAUAAUAAAAAUACACUUAGCAGUAAAGAAUCUAAUAUAUGUAGUAGUAAAGAGCGGGGAAGAUUAGAUAAAAGUUAUAGCACACCAGCAUAUGAUUCAAUAGACAGUGAUAAUGUAGAAGAUAGGAAAAAAUUAUUUUGUACUCUAGAACCAUCUGUGAACAAUACAAGUAAUAUAAGCAAUGUAUUAGCAACCAAGACUGAUAAUCAUUCGACUUUCGUAAAUUGUGGAAAUCAAAAGAAGCUAAAAGAUAGUGGUGAUCAAAAACAAAGUACUCAAGAAAAGCUUUAUAGUAAUAGAAUUGAAAAAGUGACUGAUCCUGUUAGACAUAAUAUACAAGAUAAUGUAGAGAAGCAAUUUUUGGAAAUAUCUCAAAAUUUAGAUUCACGUAAAAUUACAGUAUCUAAGAUAACUGAUAUAAAUCACAAAAACAAUAUAGAAAAUAACCAAAGCAAUAAUGACUAUCUUAUUAAUGACCUAAAUAAAUGUGAUAAAAAAAAUGUAAUGAACAAUUUUAAUUCUGAAUUGGAAGAUGUAUCAAAGACAUGUAUCACACAAAAUGUCGUAAAUGAUACAAUUUCAAGUCAUGAAAAAAAUGAAAAUAAAUUGGAAUUAGCAGAUAGUAAUGUGCAAAAUAAUAAUGAAAAUAAUUCGAAUUCAAAGAAAUUUCGAAAAAUUCUUCAAACAUUUAAUUAUACUUCGGUAGAACAUACAAAGUCAAUGGAGAAACAAUCUAAUAUAACAGCAAAUGAUUUAAAUUCUACCGAGGAUGAUAUUCAGAGUAUUGCUCAGAAUAUUUCUCAAAUUCAAAUUUUUCAGAAAAUAAAAAAUGACAAUACAGAAGCUGAUGAUUUAAUUAAUCAACGAAAAUGCAAUACAGGAAGUGCAGUACAACAUUGUAAAUCUUCAGAGGUAACAAAAAUAGAAUCUAGCAAGAUGUUAGAAACUAAACUUCAUUUAAUACCACCAGAUCCUCCACCACGUAAAUACUUUUCAAAGUUAACAGAUGGAUCUAUAGAGAAUACUUCAAAAGCAUUUGAGGAUCAAGAAAAAUAUACUACAUCCGAAAGAUCCAAUACCAGAAAAGAUAUAAAAAAAACGGAAUUCUCUACAGAAAAUCAUACAAAGAGUAAUGUAGAUCAUCAAGAAAGACAAGAUUAUUUUGAGGCUUAUAAUCAUUAUACGACUAAAUCAAUAGAAUUUAUCGACGAGUCGAAUAAUUUGAGUAAUGAUCACAGACCUAGUUCAAGCAUAGAUCCUUUAUACACGGAAUGCAAUGACAAGCAAAUAAAAGAAAAUAAAUCUGGCUGUAAUAUUUAUGAAUCUAUUGCUGAUAAGUCUGCUUAUAUUAGCUCACCAAUAGAAUGUCAUAAUUUUGAAACAUGUUCACAAAAUAGGGAUUCUCCAGAUGGUUCAUGUUCUUCGAAGCAAUCACAAUUUCCAGAACAUAAAUCUAAAGUAUCUGACAAAGAAAGAAGCUUUGAAAAGGGUGUAGUUAACAAAGCUAUGAUGGUAGCUAGAAGUAUUGGACUGCAUGGAAGUUUAAACAAAUCGUCCAGCAAUAGUCCUAGAAGUAAUCGGAAACGAAGUGUUUUACUUGCAAGAAAAAGGAAUAUUUCUGUUAAAGAUAUAGGAACAAGUGAUUUAGAGGGUUGGUUAACAUACCGCACAAGAGGUGCGGGUGGUGCUUGGGCUAAAGCUUGGUUUGUCCUAAAAUGUUCCUCCUUAUACAGGUUUAAGGGCCAGAAUAGCUUGAAAGCAGAUUGUCUUAUAGCUUUAACAGGAUUCACCGUGUCACGAGCUGCUGAAGUAAAAUCGAGAAGAUAUGCAUUCAAAGUUUAUUAUACAGGAACGGUAUUCUACUUUGCUGCAGAUACGGAAGAUUCUCUUGCUAUGUGGUUAGAAGCAAUUAACAAAGCAACUUUAGGUGCGGAUGGGCACAGUCGAAAUAGCGCCCUUUUCAGCGAAACAGAUGAGAGCGAUGGCGAACAAAAAAGUAAAGCAAAAAAUGUGCAGACGCCAGAAUAUAAACCAAAUUUUGAAAAAUCGUUUGGAUCAUUAAAAAAAGUUGUUCGAAAAGAUUCUACUGUAUACAAGGAUCAUGAAAUCAGUGGUGCUAGUUUAGAUAGAAAAUAUUUAAAAUUUCUUGGUACCAGGAAUCAUAAUGUACCUGUUCCAACAGCACAAUUUAGGAGUUAUAGAAGGGUGCUUCCGACAUCUACAUCUAAUAAAAAGCAAGAUUCUGUUCCAAAUUCACCUGACUUACAAAUGACAAUUGCGGGAAGCACAUUUUAUGGAUUAUGUUCAUCUCAUAGCGCUACUGACAUGUCAAGUAAUACUCAAGAUAUGGGUGAUUACAGACGUACAACAGACAGGUGUCUUAGUAACAGAAGUAGAAGACCAGAUGACCUUCAAGGUUUUAUUACAUUAGAAGAAUUUAUGUUAUCGCAACAAGAAGAUCAAAGACAAAUGUCAAGAAAUAGAUCUAUGUCACCACGAGUGACACCUUUAAGUAGUGAUCACAUUCACAUUCAGCAUAGAAAUUUUUAUGACAAUGAAACAGGUAAUGAACAGUCCAAAGUUGCUACUGAUGCCGUGUUCAAUAAUGAUACCGUAUAUUCCCGGAGUAAAAACAACGAUGAAACAGUAAAUAAUACUGCUGUAUAUGGUUACUCACGGAAUGCUGAUAACGCCCAUAGUCGACAGUCUAGUGGAAAUUUCGAUUCGGAAAGAAAUACAGGGGAAGCAUUAAAAUCUCAAAUUCACAAAAAAUCAAAUGAGUUUGGUUGUACUAACAAGAAGAAAACAGUAGAUAGAUUAAAUUCUCCACAAAUAAAACCUUGUAAUUCAUAUCAUUGUAAGACCGCAAAUGAACAAAAGCAGUCAACUUCAUUGUGUCAUACUAAAUCAGAUGUUGAAAAAUCUAAUAGACAAGUAAGCAUUGCUUACGAUUAUAAUACAAAUGCUUAUGCAAGUCAAAUACAGUCUUCAAGUAAUCAUGACAUUUCUAGACCUUAUGAAUAUCAUUCAUCUAAAAAUAUUAGUAAUUUAGUAGAGGAUAUUAAGUCAAUACCAAAACGACUUAUUCGAAAUGAAGGUUCUUCUGGGUCUAACAAUGAUCUUACGGUUCACGCUUCCUACGAUACUUUACAGCGUACAAAAAAAGAAGCAUCUGUUAGUCGUAAAGGAAGUUUUAACUUAACCAAUCGUCGUGAACAUGUUUCAUCAGAUAAGCAUUGGUUAGAUUCUUUACGACGCUUUGAUAAGAAAGAUGUAGAUUACGACAAAACCCGCUUAAAAAAUGUAGCGCAGUAUCAACCACCUCCUAUACCGACUUCGCCAUUUGAACAAGAGGGGAUGACCGCUGCAUUUGAAAUGCAUUUGGAUAAAGGUGAACAGGUUCAAAAACCAAAUCGCUUGAAAAAUUUAUUCGGAACCAAAUGUCAACAAAAACCAUCCACGCUCGAUUUGCCUAAGGAGACGCAGAAAACUUUAUUAGGUUCGCCAAGAUUACAUAGAGCACUAUUUCGAGAAAAAUGUUAUAAUCAAUCACGAUUAUCCAGUCGAUCUAGUAGUAGCCAAAGUCCUGGCGAUAGUGGAGUUGGUCAAUCAGUCAGUUCGUUCACUGGAAAUAGUACUCAUACUCCCAAUCAAAGUUUUAGCACUGCUAGUGAUUGGAGUCCAGAUGUACCAUCGCCGUCUACUCCAAAUUUAUCGUCGAAAACUGGUACAAAUCAUCCUUUAUAUCAGAAAGGAAAUACAUCUGCAAGCAGAAAUUCGGCAAUUCCUCCAACAUUACCUUAUAUACCACCACCGGAUUAUCCUGGUCUUGAAUAUCCACCUGUAUUCGAACCUGGUACUUAUUCUCUGUUGGAUGCUUCGUUAUUACGCAAUCGUAAUAAAAGUAGUCGAGACGCUCAUUAACCAAUGACGUAAUGUAGUUUGUUGAUCGACAGUGCAGUCUCGCUAUAUGGCCUUUUCUAUGACUUGUGAGACGAAUUGUUCACAUAAAUUUUCGGGCUUGUUUCACUUGUAUCAUCCCCUCCACAGGCAUAUAGCGAAACUUCACUGUACAUGAUAACCAAAGAUAUAAAUUUUGUUUCGUUAUUAAUUAAUCAGGUAUUUUGUAAAAAAUCUAAGGACUACUAGUAUUUUUUGAUAAAGUAUUGGAAUUUUACCGUCCAUUUUAUAAUAAUUCGAAAAUUAUCAAGGUGUUUUUAUAUAGUAAAAAAUGAACCUGAACUAUCCACUCAAAAUGGUAUGAAUAAAAAACAUUGAGUGGACGACUGAAAUUGAUAAGAUAUAUCAUUGCCUUUAUACGUAAUAUAAAAAUGUUAUUCGUAUCAAAUUUAAGAGAAUUCCAUUUUGUUAAUAUCAUUGUUUAUAAUUAUUGUUAGUAUAAAUGAGUAAUCGAGAACGUUUUAUUAUAGCGAAAAUAUCUUAAGAAAUAUUAGCUAAGUAAAUAUUUCUUGUAAAUUAAUUAUAAAACCGUACAUUUAAUCGUCUAAGAAUGUUAUAAGCCUGUUCUCUUUUUACUUAAAACGCUACAAUAAGGAUAUAUUGGUACGUUGCUUAAUGGACAGAUUUUUAAAGAUUACAUAAGUAAGAAAGUAUCAACUAUUUGCAAUAAUAAUAUAAAAGUCAAUUCGUGUGUGUAGUAAUACCUGUAAAAGUUUAUGUUUAUUUUAAACUUUGACAUUAAAUAGUUUCUUUUUAUUACCAUAGCUAUAUGUAGGAAGUCCUAUCAACAAAUAAUUCUAAAAAUGAAAGUGUCCUUAACAGUGAAUGAAAUAUAGAAACAAUAUAAGUUGCAUUUUUACAAGUUUAAUAAAUGAAUAUUGCAUUAUAUUUGUUUAAAUAUAUGUGUACACAUACUUUUAUAGCAACACAAUGAUGUGUAAAGUGCCUACAUAUCUCUGUUAUAUAAUUUUUGUAUAUAAUUCAAUUUGUAUUUUAAUGAGUAUGUAUCUUGCGAUGCAUGAUUUUGGUCAUAAUUUGUGCUCAAGAAAUUUUUGGAAAGUGUUAUCUGUAGAGCUGAAAGUAUUAAAAUUAUAAAUUAUGUAUUUUCUGUACUUUUACAAUAGUCCGCAUAUACAUACAUACAUAUAUAUAAAUU